AUGAUUGGCAGUGGUAGCAUGAUUAUCGGAAAAUGUUUACUGUUGACUCUUAUGCUGCAUCUUGAUUGCACCAUGCGCCAUUGUUGGACUAUAGCUGAAACGACCUUCGAUCUCAAUAUUGAACUACCAUUUAUGGCUACUGCAUUUGUGCAAACAGGAAACGAAUUACAUUAUUUUUCGGAUAUCGAAUAUCAUGAUUCAUUGGUUAGUGGUGCACCCUUGAAAAGCAGUAUCGAUCAAAAUGGGGCAAUGCUUAACAAUCAGUUACAAUUUACUCCAAGUGAAUUGUUGUUUGAUGAACAGUCAAUGGGUAUGGCUAAACAGCAUGAAGUUCGAAUAUAUAAUCCAACUGCUUCAACAGUUCGUUUUGACGCGAUUUCUGGCUCCACCGUUCAUUUUCAUUGCUCAUUUCCUGAACAUAAAACCGUGAAUCCUGGUGAGUCAACUACUUUCAGCGUAGUCUUUCUGCCUCGACAGGAGGGCUUUAUUGAAAAUGUCCUCAUUAUACAUUCAUCAAUGGGAUCAUUCACUUAUUCGGUUAAAGGUAAAGGCAAAGGAAGUGCUUAUCGAAUUCGUCCGUUAGUUGGUGCGAAAAUACCUGUUAACGGGACAUUGAUAUCACCAGUUCAAUUACACAAUCCGCAUCCAACAACGUUACGCGUUACAGAGGUAUACACUAGUGAUGGUGAUUUGCAUUUGGAGUUGCCAGAUGUUGCUCCUGAAACUCAGCAUCCAGUUUCAUUAUGGGAUAUUGCUCCGUAUGAGACAAAAACUGUGAUGAAUGCUAAACUAUUUGGUGCACGGGAACGAAAUUCCAGUGCUUAUAUAAAAAUCAAAACUAAUCGGAAGAGACGUAAAUUGAUCGACAAAUGGUCAUUAAAGAAUUCACCUCUGACAAAUAUCGGCGUAGAAUACGUCGAAGACACACUUAUUGUUCCUGUAGAGGUAGAGAUUACGAGAAAACGUGGAUUAUAUGCUGCUGUAGAUUUGUUAGAUUUUGGUUUAAUUCGAUCCGGUGAUAAAUCUUCUGAAUUGAUUUUGGAAAUUGUCUCUACUCUAGAAAAAGGCAUCGAAAUUGAGAGUCUUUAUUUGGAAAGUAAUGAAAAGCCCAAUGGUAUUUACAUGGAAUUCGCUUCGAAGCCGCCAAUUUCUGUGAAAUGUGGAGCUAGACAGCAACCUGGUGCAUCAAAAGCAAUAGCAAAAAUCAUAUUUGACACGAAAUUAUUGCGCAUCAAUCAAGAGGGGCCAAAGCUGGUUCGUUAUAAGGGAAGAAUUGUUGCUGAAAGUCGCGGUGGUACUUAUAACAUUACCAUACCAUACACAGCACAGGUUUACUACGGUUCGAUAAGGUCGAAAACGGAAGAAACAGCAUUUCAUAGCUUUCUGAAGCCUCCUGUCUCACGGAGCAUUUCAUUAAUCAACGAUUUGCCAUUUGGAGUUGCUGUGUGGAAAAUAACUUUAGAUGCAGAAGCACAAAGAUUUUUUAAAGCAAACUUAAUUUCAAAUGUGGUAACGAUAGCGGUUGGCGAGACGAAGCCUGUUAUUUAUUUGCAGUACAUAAAAAAGGAAGAAGAUGGUUUUACAACAUUUUUUAAUGUGCAUACCAAUGUCACGACAUUUCAGAUACCUCUUAUUAUAUUCAGUGGAAAAUUGAAGAUAGUUUUGCACUCAUUGCAUCAGAAGGAAUUUAAUUUUGGUCUUAUUGAUGUCGGUGAUACUCGCUCAAUCCAGUUUUCCGUAAUAAACGAGAAUCCAGUUGCCAUUACUAUGAAGAAUUUAAGAAGAGCAUUACCUUCAAUAACAACAUUGUCAUUAUUGAGCGUACAAGCUGAAAGCAGCUUGAUUUUAAAUUUGACAAACCGUAAGAAAUCGGAAUUGUCAGAAGCUUACCGAGAGGGUGAGGAUUUUGUAUUACUUGGCUCCAGUUUUGCGGUCUUUAGAUAUACUUUGCGAGCUCCAAGUGAUCGUACGAUUUUAUUUGAUAAAUUCGUGAUUGAAACUGAUUUUGAAUACUCUUCAUUUCCGGUGAUUUAUACAGUUGGUCAAGGUACAGUAAUAGCAGUACCCGAAGAGCUUAUUUUUCCUGAUGCAUUCCCUGGACGUAUUAGCUCACAUUCAUUAAAGGUGUUUAGUACCUUUGAGGAAGAUAUGCGUGUUUUACGAAUUUCGUCAUUAUUUAGUGAUCGGAAAGUGUUUUUUGAGGCAAUAAGUCCGGAAAAUACUCCUAUAAUCAGAACUAAAGCGCUUUCUGAUCUUGGCCGUGUGCAUAUUAUACCAAGUGUUAACUGUACAGAUGAUUGUUACGUCGGUAUGCCAUUGCACACAUCUGAUGGGCAGUGGUUUACAUAUGGCGUGAAAUUACCGCAAAAUCUGGCUGAAAUCGAUUACUAUCUCUACAGCAAAUUACGACGAAGAUUUCUUGCUCUGCAAGCUGAAGGCAAAAAUUAUAUGAAUGAAACUAUCGUUAUUGAUACCGAUAAGGUUAAGCAUUUGGAAGUACCGUUGACUACAGAGUUUGUUUGGCCAAAGCUUUUAACGCGCUCAACUGUUCAUUUUCCUCUAACGGCUGUGGGAAAUUUUACUAUAAUGAACUUAACGCUAACAAAUCCAUCAUCGCUACCAGUUACUGUCCAAUUGUUGCCAUUGGUCAUUUAUCCCGAUGCUGAUACGCUGAUUGAUUUUUUCCGGAGUGAGCUGGAUUCACCACUUACACAGCCAAUUGAAAUGAAUGAAACGUUGAUGUUUUCAUUACGAGAUACGGAACUCUUUACUUUAAAACCUGAUAGUCCGGUUCCGAAAUUAAGAGAAGAACUGGAAAGUGUUCUUGGAAUACCGAUUCCGAAGUUUACCUUAUCUAUGUUACUACAACCAGGAAUGAAAGUACGUGUUCGUGUUGGAUUCCUACCUUCUGAUUAUGUUCUUCGUUCGUCGUUACUUCUGAUUCGUAAUAACUUAACGGUCUUGGAACCAGUUGUACUGUACGGUCGCGGAGCGCGCAUGGAUAUGCAAGUAGAAGGUCGUGCUGCAAGAACUCGCGAUCCACUGGCUUUUGAAAUACAGCCGCAUCAUCUUUCAGACUGUCACAAUCCAAAACGUUUGACACACAAACUUUUCACAACACUCACUGUAAAACGUUCCUUUACCGUCAUGAACACCGGUGAAGUAGUAUUUACCGUCGUCAACAUGAGUAUCAGUAAUGUUCCAUGUGAAAAUCGUGGCUUCCGCAUUCUGAACUGUCAUCCAUUUCGGCUUAAACCGAAUGAGACACACAUUUUAGAUAUCGCAUAUACGCCUGAUUUCCUAAUGUCAUGGAAUGAAGCUGCAUUGCAGUUUUAUAUGCAUAUGAAUGGGACAUCUUGGCUGUUUCCAUUGGGUGCGUCUGUACCACGACAUAUGUUAGCCAAAUGUCAUGCAGCUUUGCCACGACCACCUUUUGAAAGUUUUAUGUAUUAUUCCUGCAUAUCUGCUUUAAUGCUGUGCCUUAUAUGUAUCAUUGCUUGUGCAUAUUUGGAAGCUAAUAGAACGGUUAUAUGUGGUAUAAGGCAGCAAUUUGGCCAAAUACGACUGUUAGAUCUAAACACCAUUGAUAUGCGACGCACUCGUGACAGAGGACUUUCUUCUCUAUCGAAGUUCAAACCAACAACACCUCGUCGCCAUGUUUUGCACUAUUCGGAAGAUUCGAAUUUGUUGAUACGCUCAUUCUGGCAAACAGCAAACAGUGUUCUGUGGUUGUUUUCAUUCGUAUGGCAGUUCCGUGGUGAUGAUACGCGAGUAACAGUAAAAUCGGCAAGAACACGUCAGAAGAAAACGUUAGUUAAAUGUCAUGCUGACUCAACCUAUUUUACUAGAGGUGUUGCUUUGGAUAGCAGUAAAUCAAUAUCGACGCCACCUGAUUCAUCGAUUACAACAACUAGCGGGUCGAGUUCACUAAGAAAACGAUACGAUCAUAAAAGCUCUAGUCUGUCACCAUAUUCGAUCGAACCGCAUAAUAAUUCUCCAAAGAAUGUAUCUGUCAAUGGAUUGUGCAGAUCUUCAAAGGAAAAGGUAAGUGGUGAAAGGACAUCAUUUCUAAAGGCGAAAGAAACGAAAGAAAACCGCACAGAUUCAAAUAGACUACAGUCCAAAGCGGUCAUACAAGCUACUACCAUUUCAUGGCUUUCAGACAGUCCUAAUGGUUAUGUUAAGAAUACAAGCCUAGUUAGCAAACAUGAUCCGAGUUCACGGGAUCUCAAGAAAUCAAAAGAGAAUUACGUAUCACACAGUGCUGCUCUUCCGACUAGAGAAAACGAUGAGAAUGGUUGCGAGUGGUUUCCGAUACAUCAUCAGGAGACUGUUGAUGAAAGGUCAGAAGCAGAAUUAAAUGAUACGAAUGCUAUACCGGAGUGGGCGGAUAGUCCUAUUAUACUAAAUGACGGAAAUGUCGAUGAGGAUUUUAGUGCCUUAGCCGAUGCUGCCGAAGGUUUAUUCUUAUCGGAAAAAAAAUUGUCACCAGAGUGGUUUUCACUAGGAUUAUCUUCGCCCUCACCUGUGACCACUGUGCACUCAAUUCAAUCAGAACAAGGAAAGAAUCCGCAAAGAAAGCAAGAAGCCUUUUCUAGAAAUGGCAAAUUUUUAAAUAAAUCAUAUGUAGCCAAAAGAUUCGUAGAAAUCUUGGGACCAGUUUGUGCUCAACGAAAUGGUGGCAAACAGAGUGGUAAUCGGCCGAGUGCAUUCAUCGAGCAAUUACAGCGAGAACGAAAACUAGCUGAAGAUCAGUAUUUGAGAAAUAAGCGAUUAAAGGGGGAAAAAGAAGAGAUUUGGCCAGGCUUUAACCUAAGAUUUCCAGCACUAUCAGAAUAUUUCUGUGAUCGUGAUUAUGAUAAACAAGGAAACAGUGGAAGUGUUUGGCAGGUUCCACCGAUUUCUACCAAUAAUAAUUGGUCAUCUGUACCAGCAAACAGUUCUGUUCAGGAGCUGCCAACCUCAAGCGGUGAAUGUAAUUAUCUUGCAGAAUCAGUUCGUGCAUUUAGGCUUAAUCCACAAGCGCCACCAUUUGUUAUCGAAAAUUCAUCGCAAUCUUAUCCUCGACCAGCAAAUUUAGCAACGGAGCCAAUUUUUUCAUCGCCACGUCCUACACCAUCAUUUCGACAAGCAAGAUCCGAUCGAGUUCAAGGAAUGCACCAUCACAAUACUUUUAUCGAUGAUCCACUAGGGCUGUCUGGAAGUCUUUUUGGUCGAGGUUCGGCUAAUAUCUGGGCCAGCGAUCCACGUUCAACAUUCGAAAUAACAUCACGGGACAGUGGAUCCCAGCCAGAUCCGAACUCUGCUGCCGUCUACUGGACCGAGAUAUUUUCGGCUGAUGAUAAUAGAGAAAAAUGCCCAUAA